UAAUUUUUUCUUAGACGAGUUCUGUCAAGUUGAUCUUCGCUGAGCAGCUGCUGAAAAUUUUCUCGCUGUAUUUUUCCUCGAUUUUCCUGUGAAAUCCUUAUAUUCCAUCAUGGUUGCGUGGAGACAAGCUGGAUUAACGUACAUCAACUACUCCAACAUCGCUGCCCGGACUCUCAGGAGGGCCCUGAAAGCCGAUGUCCGGACAGAUGCCGCCAAGCGCGAUGAGACACACAUCAAGUUCACCCCAUGGGCAAAUGGAAAACCAACCACUGAGAAGUAGACAAGUUUAUGAGCACGAGAUGCUCUCUCUGUAAGUCCAUGGAGUAAUUUAUUGGUGUGCUU